GAAUGGACGUCUCGUUGGGAACUCUCACCUUCUUCUUUGUAUUUCUACAGCUGCUCCAGAGCGCUGAAGGUUUCGAUUGUUCGAUUGGACAAGAGCCGGACCCUAAUGAAGGCAAUAGAUACCGCUGGGUCAUUCCUGUUCCUGACCCUUGUGAGUGCACCAGGCUUCGUGUUGGUGGUCUGAACACUCGCACACCAUGCAGGCACUACAGCGUUACCUAUUAUGACACCUUCAUGCAAAGCGACAACGCAGAAGAGAUCCGGAAAUGGCUCAACUGCACAGAUCUCCUCGAGAAGCACUUAAUUCUCAACCGAUCGCUUCGCCGAGACGGCAACCCUAAACAAUGCAACUCUAUUACGGUCAGCAGCACCGAGUAUGACGUCAGAGGGAGCCCAACCCUCCUGAAGAUGGUUCCUGGUCCUGACGAAGCUGAUCACGCAUGCGCAGUGUCUGCUGAGGUCGGUUCAUACCUGGAUCUUGGCGACUUCAAUAAUACCUGUUACUCUGACCCGGGUCUCUGUAAAUCUAUGACGUGGUCUUUAUGGCUCAAGAUAUAUACGUCAAAAGGUUUCACUGGUGAGCGUUACUACAUCAGCUCAGGGGGACAAACCGGUAUAGCCAGGGGUGUUGCGUUUUUGUACAAAAGCACAACAAAUGAGUUUGAAUUGCAUGUGCGUACGGCCACAUUCAAAAUGGGCAACAAAUACCAACAGUCACAGAUCCCAUUACAGAGUUGGUUUCACUUGGCGCUAACGAUUGAAAUGAAUGUGUUGAAUCUUUACGUUGAUGGGGAACUUAUGAAUGGGAAUAACAUCAACACCCAGGGUGGUAGUAGUGUUGAUGGUUGUACUAGGCUGUACUUGGGUAUGACCAAUUCAUGCGAUACAGAGUAUUUAACUAACACUUACAGUGGUUCAGCUGCGUACAGCAAUCUCAUGGUUUUUGAUCGCCUCCUCAACCAGGAUGAGAUCAAGAAUCUGAUGCAAAUGAAAAAGUAAACAGUCGUUGAUGAAAAGCUUAGCAGAUGUAAACCAUUUAUAACGUUUGGCGAAUCGUUUAUAACGUUUGGCGAAUCGUUUAUAUAACGUUUGGCGAAUGUAAUUCAGUUAUAAUGUUAUGAUUAUGGUUAUGAUUAUGCGCCUUUGACAUCUAUUAAGAUUGAUUUGGCGCAUUACAAACACCUACUUUUAUUAUUACAUUUCGCUUUUUAUUAUUACUAUAUGAUUAUGGUCUAAUCGAACCCGUACUGUCCAUUUUGACU